AUGCGAGUUUCGCUUGCUUUCGGACUUGGAAGCCUGCCUGGGUGCCCCUCUUCAGAGGACAGGAAACCGUCGGCCGGGCCAGCCCCAGGGUCACCCUCGAAGGUUGCGACGCACCUCCGUGCCGCUGCCCAGCCGGCGCGCCACGUGGCCCCCACUGGUUCGGGCUGGGGCCCGCAUUCGCGCGGGCAGCGGGCAGCUCAGGUCGCUGGCGAGCACGUGCGCGAGCUCGGAUGCACGUGCGUGCUCGUCGAUGGCACCUGCAGCGCGGACGGUCCGCACGAGGUGCCUCGCAGAAGGCGAUGCCGAACUUGUGCAGACCAGUAUUACCCGAAGGUGUUCGUACUGACAGUGGCUUCCGACUGCUUGGGGAAGGCCUGGGUGUGCUGGGGGCCGAAGCCGACAGGCCUCGGCGGCGUGGGGCCCGGUGAGGUCUGGCCGCCGUUGCGCGGGGUUCGCUGCGGCCGCCGCUGA